AAACAGGAACCGACAAAAUCAACUGGAGUUAAAUAGUUUUUCAGCCUUUCUUUCAGUAGAUUUCAACAUCCAAGAUCAACAAAAUGAGGAGCUUUCUUCUUCUCCUCUUCUCACUAAUGACAGGUUGUGAGGCCCGGACUGUAGUGAGGGGAUGCCCACAAGGAUGGGUUGAAUUCACCUGGAAAUAUCCAAAACCAAAUGGAAAACAUCAAAGUAUUGAUGUAGUUACUCCCAAAGAAACCAUACGAAGCACUCAAAAGGAUGUGUGGGCAAAAAAAGGCAGAGUUUUCCUCUAUUAUGAUCCAAAAAAAAAAUAUCUCAGGGUGGUUAUUAAUGAACUUCAACAGGAGGACUUUGGGAAGUACAAGUGUAAAGUUUACCAACGACAUGACACAGGGGAAGUGGAAUUAGCCUUUGAGACAGACGGCUGCCAGAGACAAUUUAAUCAAACUGCGUACAGAACAGCUAAAACCACCAUCACAUGUGAUUACACAGGAAACAAAUACUUCAAGUUCUUCUGCAAACAGAACGGUUCAAUCUGUGAGGAUAUUUUAUCAACAAAAUCCUCUCUGAAGUCAAACGGGACAUUCACUCUCACAGAAACCAACAGUGGCUUCAGCAUGUCCAUCAGUAACGUGUCCUCACAUGAUGCUGGUGUCUACUGGUGUGGAGUGGAAACACAUGAAGGAAGUUACAGAACUGCUCUCAGAAAGAUACAGCUGGAGGUUAAAGCUACUAUUACCAGAUUCACAAAGUCUCCAACUGUAGGACAGAAUCUCACAUACUAUUGUCUAAAUCAAAAUCAUGCUCCGACAAACAUAUUCAUCUGUAAGGGAGAAGAUCCAUCUAUAUGUCGACCUCUAGUAAGCACCGCACAGCCCAACAAGAACACUGGGAAGUUUUCCAUGGAGGACAAAAACAAGAGAAAUAUCACCGUAACAGUGAGAGAAGUAACAAUGAAUGACACUGGGACAUACUGGUGUGGAGCAGAAAGCACUGACAAAACACGCAGCAACAAAUUCUUCCACAAAAUGGUGAUGAUUGUAGUAUCAUUAACAGAAUCAACAACAUCAUCCACAUCUCCUGUUUCUUCAACCCAGCCAACUACUGUGUCUGCUGAGAGUCGUGGUGACUCUCAGGUCGUCAUUACUAUGAUCGUCUGUGUAGCUGUGCUGCUGCUGUUGUUUGUGCUAAUGUUGAUCCUUAUCUACAAACGAUUUUCACAUUUAAUGAACACAAGAAAAGGAGCAGCAGCACAGAACAUCAGAGAGGAUUAUGUCUACGAGGAGAUACAGCAGCCCGUCCAGAGGCCAGACUCAGGAAAUAAGAUGAACACGAUUUAUGCCACUGCCAACUUUCCCACAAACCCCUCUGCCUCGCUGCAUUACUCUACCGUCAACUUCCAAAGCAGCUGUGACAGAGUUGGUGGUGAGGUACUGAUCCUCAAACCCAACUCUGCUGCCGGCGAAUAUUCUACUGUGAAGCAAAGUGCAACCUACUCUACUGUCAACCAGCCGUCCAGCUCUUCAGAGGAUCCUCUCUACACAACAGUCAACAAGCUACAGCAGCACUGAGCAAAGAUCAGCAGUCUCAGGAACAGGAGGAAGCAUAUAUAUUUUCUGUCUCUAUAGAGUUGUGUAAUUAUUUGUUAAUCUACUAAGUUUGGUGUUAUUCUUGUUAAAAACAACUAAGAUAGUUAUUCUUAUAUAAUAUUCCACUUUUUAACAACAGAUUUAACCAAUGUCAUAUUUAUAUGUAAAAAUGGUGGGGGGGGGGCACCAACCAUUUUAAAACAUAAAUACCUGUAAAAUUACAAAACUCUCUCUUGCUUCUGUGUUUUUUAACAUCAACAAACAGCAUGGCUCCACAAAACACAGACAGCGAGAGAGAGAGAGAGAGGAGUGCAGUGACACAAGUUACAGUACCACCGUCACAAACCUAGAUUGAGAAUGCAAUCUUUAAGCUGACACAACCAAGCUCAGAACAAAUGAGCCUACAGGGCCAAAAGCAAAGAGUAGUGAGCUCACCACCAAUGAAGUCAACGACGCGCACAGACAACAUUUUAGGGAUCCAGAGGCUUUCUAUAGCCACUUUCCACAGAGAUCCUGCAAUCAAAACGGAAAGAAUGUUGGCCAAUAUAUAUCCCAUUCCCAGCUGUUCUCAUGUUUUACAAUCCGCUCAGAAAGAUGAAGAUGAAAACAGGCACAGGACAGUCUCCCUUGAAGCAUAACGUUAACAGCCGGUCACACGCGGCGCUGUCAGGGGCUCCAGUGUUCCUACGACGUUAACUUUCUGUUAGCGGUGGUGCUAACCUGUUGCUAUCUGCAGACUAUUAGCUCUCACACACAGUACAAUACACCAAACUGUGUAACAGUGUGACAAAAGUAUUAUAAACUAGCCAGGCUACAAACUGUCUCUGUACAUUAAUUAAAUUAGACUUUUCUUUCUUGCUUGUUGCUACCUCCACAGAAAACAAACACAUUCGGCACAACACCAGUGCACUCUGUGCUCUGCUCUGCCUGUUAGUCCUGUCCCUUAACCAGUCACAAUUUUAGAAACGUGAUUGCCAUCUACAUUGACGAAUCAGAUUCCUCUCCUAAAAUAAACAUCACAGGGGUUACAUAAUAUAAACAGUAAAUAGCAUUUUUGCAUUUGCUCCUUGCGAGGAGAGGCCACUGGGGUGGCCACCCAUUUCUUAGGGUGGCUGUGGCCCCCUCUCCAGAGGAGUCUGACAACCGCCCGACAGAGAAACAGGGGAGCACGGAUCUGAGGUCAAUGAGGCAAGCCAGGGACGCAAACUAGUCCCCCAAGCUAACCAGGAAAUGCCUCCCCCCGGACUCCAAUGCACAAACUAAUGCCCAGCAGCCCACAAGAGACCCUGCACAGAAAAAAACCAAUGCAUCAAUAUGCAUCGACAAUCGCCCCUCCAAACCGCAAUUAGCCCAAGGACCCACACCCCCAGUAGCCAGGGCUCCCCGCGACUUCCCAAAGCGCAAAGGACCACAGACCACAUGUCCUGGGGAAAGCUGCACCCGCCCCAAGGGCGAACAGCAGAGAGCUGUGCCGGGGAGCUCCCCGCUGCCAGGGAGUGAUAACGCGGGAGAACCAGGGCCGACAGUCCACCAGCCCAGCCAGGGGCAUCCCCCCCCCAGAGUGCAGGCAGAGCCAGCGGCCCCCCCAAUCAACCCCCCCCAAGGAAGAGGUCCAAAACCCACCCAGACAACACCGGCCAUGUGCCCCAGGGAUUACCGAAUGCCCCCACUGAGAGAGCGGUGGCAGGGGGAAGCAGCGGGAGCCCCAGCCCUGCUGAAGAGGGCCCCAGCGAGGAGAGGGGACCACGGGCCCCCAGGCCCAGGGACACACCACCCGCCCCAGAGAUAACCACGCCAUGACCCACCCCAAGUCAGACGAGGCAGACACCAACCCCACGGCACCCCCGACGCCCCGAGGCUCCAGGGACAGGACACAAAGCCAAUGACACCCCCAACGCUCCUUCAACCCCCCCUGCCUGCCUCUGUAAAUGUGUUGUAUUGUGUUGGAUGCAUGUCAUGGAUUGUGAAGUGUUGUAUGGUGGAGUAAGGAUAAGGUGCGUGGUAACUAAGGUGCAGUUAAAAUUGGAGGGUAGCUGUGACACAGGCACCUCAUAACUGUCAGGUAGUGGAGCCUCCCAAUGUGCCCCUUCCCCUCCGGUGUCUAAGGUGUAAUUAAAAUUGAGGGGCAGCCAGUGGGGGAGGAAGAAGGACGAGGCCGCAAUAAAGCAGCCCCACCCACCAAACACCUAGCAACCUGCCCGCCCCCCCAGAUUCCCAAGGGUGUAUGUAGUGAGACAUGAACAAAGGGGGGAAGGUGAAGGAGGUAAUAGGGAGGCCAGAAUGGUCCUCCCCACUGGUCCAGAUUCCUGACUGGCCCCAUCAUUCAGCCCCGUCCCCCAUCCCCCCAAGCAAAAGGACGCCAGGUCCCUCCACCCCAGGGCUUGUAGCAAGAGCCCUUUGAGCACCGGCAGCACCCCAGAGCCAGCGGCAACCCCGCCCAGCCUCCAAAGGGGCCCAGCCUGCAUGACAUUUACUACAUGUAUGAUUUCAGGUCAUUCAUUUCUGAUGGGGUUGUUUACAACCAUAUUACAGCUGAUUAUUAUCUUAUUAUUGGUAUUGUUUUUUCUUUCGGACGAUGAGUAACAAUAAAUGUUUGAAGAAUUAUGUUUGAUGUGAGCCAUGGUGAGGCUGACCUUUGUGGUUUUGAGUUAAAUAUCUCAACUCUUGGAUGGAUUGCCAUGAAAUUUUGUUCAGACAUUUACUGUAUGUCCCCCUCAGGAUGAAUUGUAAUAACUUUGGUUUUCAUUUGGUGUCAUCAACAGAUCAAAUGUUUAUUUCUCCAAUCCUUUAUGACGAAAUAUCUGCACAACCAAUGACCCAUCAGCUUAGUAUAGUAAAAGGAAAAGUUUUAAUUAAAUGAGAUGUGUUUUGUGUCAUACUGUGCAAAACAACAGUCAUUAAAAUGAUGCUGAUUAUUUUCCACACUGGUAACAUUCUCUUACACUGAAUUGACUGUAUAUGCAGGGUUUGAUUUAUUUAAUUUUACUGCCAUCUGCUGGUAAUAUCAAGGCUGACAUUGUGGGAGAUGACAAUGCAUGCUGCCAUCUUUUCACCAAGACAACCUCGUUCUACAGAAAAAAACAUGUUAUCAAAAUAAAUUGAAAGAUGCAACUAUCACCCAAAAAUGUACAAAUAGUAACUUACUUUAUGCAUGCUGAAUAUCUAAAUAAGAUUGUAUUCAUUUUCGCUCCAUUAGCACUGUCUCCUGUGUAGCUAUGGGUGAAUCCUAAGUUUUUCUUAGGCGCUUUGGCACAUGUCUCAGAUCAGAAUUGAAAUUCUC